UUCAUAAGCUCUACAAACAGUUUUCAAUAUUUUGCAAAUUAAUUAAAAAAACUACUUUCACUUGAACUUGGCCAUCAUGCAAAACGACCUGGGAUGGGUUGAGUAUACCAUGCCAGAAAGCGGAAAAUCAGAAGAGGCAAUCAACGAAUGUCGUCCUGUCAAACCAAGAGGACGUACAGACUUCUUCUUUUUAGUCUUGAAUUUCGUUUUCAUCGUCAUUUUGUUCAUUCUCUUCGGAUAUUGCUUCUUCAAUGGGUCAAUUUACAGACAAAUCAAUGGUUAUGAUAGUUGCGGCAAUGUGUGCGGAUUAAAGAAUUCUAGAAAUGAGGAUGAAAUGUGCUCUGUAACUUUACUGAUAAGUCAUAAUCCUGAUAAACGAAACGAAAAUUUCCUACUCAUAAAAAAGAUUCGGUAUAGAGAAUUCACCAUAAUUGAUCGGCAGUGUGUCGCAAACUGCUCUGAAUAUCCGAACUAUGUACAGGAUGGGAUUUUUUGUACAAAUGGGAAAGUGAGCCGAGGAGUUAGAAAUAUGUUUCCCACAAAUCAUCUUGAACUUGGUGCUGUUGCAGUUGUUUUGUUGAUUGCCGUCGUUUUUGCAGACAUUGUUCUCGUGCUAUUACGCUAUGCCACAAAAAUCGUUGUGUGGUUCACGGUCGGUUUCGUUGCUGGGUCGCUAGUUAUUUUAAGUAUUUAUCUUCUUUAUUUGGGAAUGAUGCUCGAGGGGAUUGUCUUCACAUUAUUGACGGCCAUUGUGUUCUACUUCAUCUACAAAACUCGUCAACAAAUAAAAUUCGUCAUUAAAUUGUUCAAAGAAGCUGCGACUGCGCUGAUGUAUAUGCCACUGCUUCUGUUCGAGCCACUAUUGACCGUUUUGUCAGUGACUAUCGCUACCCUCCUUUGUGUUUACUUUAUGCUCGUAAUUGACUCAGCUGGAUUUUAUAACAAGGAACUUGACCUCUUCGAGAAGAACUGGGUCAUGAAGUUCACAUAUUGCCUGAAUUAUUUCGUUUUCUUUUGGUUCGUUCAGUUUAUCGUUGGGUGUCAACAUUUCGUUAUAGCUGGAACCGUAUCGCAAUGGUACUUCACACGCAACAAAUCGAAAGUACGGUCACCGAUUUGCAACUCUUUCUACAACUUGAUUUUCUUCCAUUUGGGAACCAUUUGCUUGGGAUCAUUGAUGCUGACUAUAAUAAAACUAAUUCGUAUGGUCAUGCGCAGAGUAAAGGCAAGAAAAGUUUAUAUAAAUUGGUCAGUACCACGCACAUUUAUUUCCCCUUGUUUUACAGAGACUUAUGAGAGAAUCCGAUAACAUUGUAUUGAUUGCCUUAAG